CCCUAUUACACCACCUACGGAGUACCCAGUACAAUACUCGUACUAGGCGAUCCCUACUCGCAGUCCUGUACUGUACUGUAUCUCUACCCAGUACUCGUACUGAUCGUAACUCCCUUACAAUCAACGUGUUCCCCCUCUGAGCCCUGGGUUCUUUGAUUAUUCUUUUUCCUCAAUCCUCUACUCCAUACACGACAAGACCCUUUCCCUUCACCACCAAACUCAUUCACGUCCUUUUUGUUCCUGCAGACAAUGACUCCGAACAUGGACCAGACUUUUCAUUCCUCGUUCACCGUGUCGUGUGCACCGUCUAGAAUCACCAUGACGUAGUGCUCAGCUGCAGCUUUCCAGCCUGUGCCUGCGCCUCGCCUCAAUAUCUAAUCAAAACUACAUCACAUUCGACAGUAUCUACUCAACCUCAGCACCACCACAUAGACUUAAUUACGACAAAAACCACCUUUGCGUCCCUCUUAACCAUUUUAAUGACCUGCCACCACACCACCACCUCCUCUCCUCGCUCGUCCGGCCUGGCGACCAAUGUUAACAUGUCGGCCGUCGCGACUACAUCGAUAAAGUCGCCAUCACACUCACAUUCGCAUUCAAAAUCCCACUCACACUCACACUCACAUUCGAGGUCAUCUCGUCCCUCAACCACGCCGAGAGCUCAACCUGUCGCAGCUUCUGUCGGCCAACCUCUCCCUCCACUGCUCUCGCCGCAAUCCCGCUCCCCUCACCACACAAAAGACCCCAAGAGCCCAAGCCCCAGCUAUUUUGGCUUUGUCGUUGGUGGCGAUGAUUCAAUACCGCCAGACUCGAAUCCAGGCGCUCAUGCACGCCAGAAUUGGAACUUUGGCAACGCGGGCAUCCAGAGUGGUGUGCCCACGCCCCGGCAUGUCCCAGUUGAGGCAAAUCCUGAAUUUGAAGCAUUUAGAAGGCAGUCAGAACACAAUCACCGCUUUGCAUUGAACACAGCUUUCAGCAGACCUAGCCAAUCCAGAAACAAUUCAACCUCGACCUCACACACUGAAGCACCAUCGCCGUUGACUAAACUUCCAGAGUUGGGUCGCCGAACGAACACUAGCGAGGACUCCACAGGUCAGGGUCCAAAGACGAGUAAUGCUUCAUUCUUCGACUUGCCGAGACAACAGUCACCGGUAUCCCUGAACCUACCUCACAGCGUGGCAGACUAUCAACAUGCCCGACUUUCCCUCCCCGACAAUGGGCUUCGAACGCCGCCGAUGAAUCUCGUACGCCAGACCUCGCGCUCGGAUACUUUGCCAUUAUCUGGUCAAAAAGAUAUGGCUCCUUUGGCGGCGCCUGUCCAUAUUGCCGAAAUAUUGAAGGACGAAUCUAGCCUGGUGCUCGUACUUGACUUGAGAGUGUACCAACAAUACGCUAACUCCCGAAUACAAGGCGCUUUGAACUUAUGCAUACCAACUACCCUGCUCAAGAGGCCUGCAUACAACGUACAGAAACUAGCCGACACCUUCGCUUCUGGUCGGGAUCAGGAAAUGUUCUCAAGAUGGCGAGAAUGCUCUCAUAUUGUAGUCUACGACGCUAAUUCCAGCUCGAGUAAAGAGGCCGUCACACCUCUCAACGUACUCAAAAAGUUUACCACCGAAGGAUGGCAUGGUGUCGGGUUGGUCGUUAAAGGUGGUUUCCUCGCCUUUCAGAAACAGGUACCUGACCUGGUCGACUCAGGCUCUGUACAGUCCGGAGCUGGAAACUCGGCUCAGCCAUUAUCAAUAUCUGCUCCUGCGAACGAUACACUUGCAGUAGCCGGAGGCUGUGCCAUGCCUACCACCAAGUCCGCAGCGAAUCCCUUCUUCGGCAAUAUCCGGCAAAACAUGGAUCUCCUCGAUGGCGUGGGUCAAAUGCCCAUCAAAAAGCCUACAAACUUGUCAUCAGAGGCUGAAGGUUCGUUACCUACCUGGCUCAAGCGCGCGUCAUCCAACUCCGACGAUGGAAAGCUGGUAUCAGAUCGGUUUUUGAACAUUGAGAAGUCGGAACAAAAGCGGAUGCAAGACGCACUCAGCGUUCACGUUUCGUACGGCACCCCGAGGUCCGAGAAGCCCACCAAAAUUCAAGUUGCGGGAAUUGAGAAAGGUUCCAAAAACCGAUACAAUAAUAUCUUCCCCUACGAUCACACCCGAGUCCGACUGCAAGACGUUCCCAACGACAGCUGCGAUUAUAUCAAUGCCAGUCAUGUCAAGGCCGAGUAUUCAAACCGACAUUAUAUCGCAACACAAGCUCCCAUCCCGGCCACGUUUAAUGACUUUUGGCGCGUUGUCUGGGAACAAGAUGUUCGCGUUAUUGUCAUGCUGACAGCAGAGGCUGAAGGUGGCCAAGUCAAGAGCCACGUAUACUGGAAGACUGGGGAAUUUGGGGCUCUCAAACUUAAGCAGCUAUCGGAGCGUCGGGUCAGUCUGGAGUCAAAGAGCACAGCACCAAGAACACCUGCAUCAAGUAGACCUACUCUCGGACCUAGAAGAUCGACAACAGCGAACAUUCCCUUGAAGGAUGACGCCAAAUCUCCGACGACAAAGUCUCCCAGUGCUGUUGUACGCCAUUUCAGUCUGAGUCACUCUGCACAUCCAUUCCAGCCUAUGCGAGAAGUCACUCAGAUCCAGUAUGAAGAUUGGCCCGAUUUUGGUGCUCCUGCGAGUCCCAAUGAACUGCUUGGUUUGGUGGAACAGGUCAACAAAUAUGUUCGUGGCUCCUCAAGUCCUUCGUCGGUCGUAGGACCUGAUGAGGCAACACCAGAAGGUGCACGCCCCAUUGUGGUCCAUUGCAGCGCAGGCUGUGGGCGAACAGGGACUUUUUGCACCAUUGACUCGGUCAUUGAUAUGUUGAAGAGGCAGAGACUCUCUCAUGAGGGUGGAGGGGACAAGAUGGACAUCGACGACGGAGACUGGGUCGAUCGAGACGAUGUCGAUCUGGUAGCAAAGACUGUGGAUGAUUUCCGACACCAACGGCUGAGCAUGGUUCAGAAUUUACGACAAUUCGUUUUGUGUUAUGAAAGCAUUUUGCAAUGGCUGGUUCAGCAAAACGACCCAACUCACACGAAGCGACCUGGUGUUCGCGACCCUAGACGGAGUUAUGGUUGAUGUACCUACGGGGAGUAUCACGUUGAAUACGAUGAGUCAAGAUGGGAUUUGAGCAAUGAACAAAGCAUAGCAUGAGUUAUGGUAUGGUAUGGGAUAGGGAUGGGCUGGGCUGGGACUAAAUACAUGUGCGAUGCAUAGCAUGAUGGUACUUAUCAACAUACCUUAGGUACCUACGGAGUUUCAUUGCCGAAAGACGCUGCCGGCAUUCCGGGAUUGAGGUUUGUUUUAUGCAGCAAGGCAAAGUACUUACCUAAGUUGGGUACUUAUUUAAUACGACUUUCCAUACUUUUGUCCUCCAUACAGGACAAUGGACAUGGCUUUUUGUUCAUUCUCUCUUUUUUUUAAGCAAUACGUUGAUUAACAUGUCUAGUUGUCCGAUGUUGACGAGAGUAGGAGGUUCACCUCUACCGGGGGGAGAGAGUGAGUGAGUGAGAGUAUACGAGAGUGUGUACCAUGUAAUUCGUAAUGGAUCCUCCGGUACUCCGUACUCCAGAUUUAUGAGUUCCUGUACUCUCCGGAAGACCCUUGGUGGAGAAGAGCACGUAUUCCGUGAUGACAAAAGUGAUGAACCCUACUUAGGAGUCAAGGUACGAAAGGGAUGUUAAUCAUAGAUAUUUAGGUGUUUUGAAGUUGACGAGAACAGUGUUGUGUUGCG